AUGAAGCAACUUUCCAAGGAUGAGCUAGGCGCCCUGGCCGGUAGUUAUUUCGCCCCCGAAGGCUCAUACCAGUACAUCAAGGAGCUGCCUUUCCUGGGAAGCUUACGAUGCAAUACUACCAGCCUCGUCGCGGGUCAAUGGACAGAAGUUGUCAUCACUUACACCGUUGGUGGUAGUGGACUGGCCGAUGGAGCAUGGAUUAAGGGAACCUUCAAGUUCUACUCAGACUGGGCUCUCUUACAGACUUCAGACCAAAGGGACGAUAACUAUGUAUCUGCGGAAUACGAACCAGGCGAGCUGCUGCCGUCGCAGACGCCUGCUACGGUCCAGGGGCUAUCAGUCCGCUUCGACCAAAAGGGACACGAGAGACCUUUUCAGAAGGCCAUCAUCAUUGACAUCGUCGAUGGUUAUCUGAAUCCUGGGGAUAAGAUUGUCGUACGUAUCGGCGAUACACGGUUUGGCGCCAGAGGCACUCGAGUGCAGACAUUUGUCGAAGAGGAGUUCCGCAUGAGGUGGUACAUCGACCCUGUUGGGACAUCUCGAUUUGCGCCCAUCAAGCCGGACUUGUCUUUCAACAUCCACAGUGGGGAUAUCGCGAAGCUCAAGGUCAUCACGCCGAGGGUUGUUGGCCCCGGUGUAGACUUCCCAGUACAUGUUCACACCGAAGAUGUCUGGGGCAAUGCCACAGUCAACCAAUCUGGUCUUCAAGCCAAGAUCAAGAUCAACCUCGAGGGCGAUGGGACCACCUUGGUUCAUGCACAAGUGCCGUUGAGCACCGACGGAUGGACUUGUGGUUCAGCUAGCAUAUCCUUAAAGGCUGAGGGAGAACAUCUGGUGAUCGUAACACUGGUGGAUGCAAACGACAUGGCCAUCAGAACGCACAGAGACAAGAUCUCUGUGAAUAGCAGUCUUUCUAUCCCCCGCCCGUUGUAUGCUGAUCUCCACGUCCACUCUGACGAUACGGUCGGCACGAACUCAACCACGUACAAUUUCUCCUACGCCCAAAAGAUCGCCGGCCUUGAUAUCAUUGGCUAUACAGCCAACGACUUCAACAUCACCAAGGAUCGUUGGGAGCAGACACUUGACAUCAUCAAGGAAACCAACAAACAAGGUGAAGUCGUCAUCUUCCCCGGCACCGAAUGGUGCGGCAACUCAGCAGCAGGCGGCGACCACAACGUCGUGUUCCUCGACGACCCCUCAAAACCAAUCGAGUUCCCGCUCGACAGGAACGGCAACGUAGCCAGGAGCUUCGAGUGGAACGAACACGGCCCGUCCGAGCUGCAUCCAGGCGCGUGGCCUCUCGACGAGGUAUACGCGACCUACGCGCACUCGCCCGAGUCGCACCUCCUGAUCCCACAUGUCGGCGGGCGCAGGUGCAACCUGGCGUGGCACCACCCGCGGCUCGAGCGGCUCCUGGAGAUCGGCAGCGCGUGGGGCCACUUCGAGUGGCUGCUGCAGGACGCCGUGCGGCGGGGCUGGAAGAUGGGGGUGUGUGCCAACUCGGACGAGCACCGGGGCCGUUGUGGCGGCGGUGUACCCGGCACGGCGGUGUUUGGAACAAAGGGCGGCCUGACAGGCGUUCUCGCCCCGUCGUUGGAGCGUGAGGCGGUCGCUAAGGCACUCAGGGCUCGCCAUACGUUUGCCACGACUGGCGAGAGGCUUGUUGGCCUGGCCUCCAUUGACAGCGAGGGAUCGAUCCAGGGUGACGAUGUGCGAGUAAGCUCUCAGGGCGACAUGAGUCUUGACUAUGCAUUCUAUGGGUCAAGUGGGUUCUCCUCGAUCGAGGCUUGGGAUGCCACUGGUAUCAUCUGGCAACGCGACUUGCGGUCUGAACUUAAACCGUCACUUCCGGGCUCGCAGCCCUUUGGCGGAGUUCUCGAUAUCCCGGAAGAGGUUGUGGAACGGAGAGCAGACAACUCUGUGAUGUUCGAAACUCGUACCAGCGGUGAUUUUGACGGGGUGCUGGUGUCUUUCGAAAGCGACGAGAGACUGCCGAGUGGUGUCAAGAUCCAGGGCACGCUUGGCGGGUACGUCAAGGUUGGGGAUCCCCUGAAGGGCAAUCCACACAAGCAGCAGCCUAAAUUCGAAUUUGAAGCUUCAACUGAGGACCUUGGGAAAGACGGCGGCAAGAGGUGGGAGAUUGCUGGGGGUGCUGGGCUUUUUAUCAGUGCUGAGCUGGUUGACGAGGUCCCUUUGCCGACUCAUGCAACGGGAGCCGUGUCCAUUUCUGCCCAGGCCCCAGGCAAGCACCAGGCUGUGUACCUUGUUGGGCGAGAGUGGGACGGUGGAAAGGUCAUCACAAGUCCGCUGUUCCUGGAAUGGACUUGA